UGUCAACCUGUCAACCGCUAUUAGGUGAAGCGGCAACCGUCAAGGUUUGGAACCGGCUAUUUGUAAAAAUUCUCUCGAUAAGUUUAUUUUCAUAGAGUAUGGCAGAUAAAAAAAAGGACGGAACUGAGCCUGAAGGAGAGGAAGAAUUUUCAGUGGAAAAAGUAUUAGAUAGACGCGUAAAAAAUGGAAAGGUGGAAUAUUUUCUGAAAUGGAAAGGCUAUAGUGAUGAAGAUAAUACAUGGGAACCAGAAGAAAAUCUUGAUUGCCCUGACCUCAUACAAGCUUUUGAAGAGGCAAGAAAGAAGAAGGAAGCUGAGGGAAAGAGUGCCCUAAAAAUUGACAAAGAUACAAAGAAAAGAAAAUCUGCAGCAACACCAGAUCUGAAAGGUGCUAAAAAAAGUAAAAGUGAUGAUAAAAAGGCCUCCGGUUUUGAUCGAGGCUUGGAACCUGAAAAAAUUAUUGGUGCUACUGAUAGCAGUGGCGAGCUCAUGUUCCUUAUGAAAUGGCAAGGCACUGAUGAAGCAGAUUUGGUACCCGCCAAACAAGCGAAUGUUCGAUGCCCACAAGUGGUCAUACAAUUUUAUGAAGAGAGGUUGACUUGGCAUACACCCGCACCAGAUGAAUGCAAUAAUGAUGAAUAAGUAAAUAUUUUUGUACUGCUAUUUUUUAAUCAUCAAUAUAUAAAUAAAAAUGAACACUUGAAUCUAGGUAUCAUCAAUUGAAUCUACACCUAAAAUAUCAAACUUGGGUUUUAUAACAAAUUGGGUUCAAUAAAACAUCUUGUAGUCUUUAUUUUAUUUUUAAUUUUAAAGUAUGCUGAAAAUAUAUAAUUCUAGCUGUCGUGAUUAUGCUCAUUUCCAUUCCAUCUCCAGGUAUUUAUAUCUGUUUAUUAUAUUCUUCUGUAUCUUAAAAAUACCAAAACCUGGUUGUCAUUAAUUGCAAUUAUACUUGAUACAAUAUUAUGUAUCAUAUUGUAUCAAGAUGCCAUGCUUUUCUAUAGUGGUAUAAAUAUUAAUAAUAUGACAGUUGAUUGCUUAACAUUAAAAAGUAUUGCCUUGAGGGUGCUUGUCCAGUGUCCACCAGAGAUAUACUAUACAGCUAUGUUAUGAAAACGGUCCAGUCAAGACAUGGUGUAACGUUAAUCAUCCCUUAAAAUGUACUUUUUUUAUUUAGAUUUGCUUUUCAUCUUUGGCUUAUUUAUAAAACGUUAGUCUUCAAGGGUAGUGUGGUAGAAAUAGAGUUACUUAUUAUUAAACUUAUUGUUAGGAGUUAUUGAAAACCAUAGAAAUAGUUUUAAAUAUGAAGUUUUUAUCAUGUGAUUGAAAUAAUCUACAUUUUUUCAGAUUUCAUUCCUCUCCAAUUUAUGAUGUAAGUGGUUUUCUAAAAGGGUCUUAUGUUUUAAGUUUAUUUUAUAAUAUUAUGUGUUAAGGUUACAUAAUUGAUAUCCUAAUAAUUGGUACAUCAAAUGACAUGUUAUUGUCCGUAAUUGUGUAUUAGAAAAGAAUAGAGAGAACUGUGUUGAAAAAGUAGAAAAACUUAAAUUUAAGGAAUAAUAGUGUUAUACAUUAUAUUAUAAGAAUGAUUAGAGUUCAAAUGUUCAGGAAGUACCAAUUUGAAACUUUGCUAAAGUGUUAGAUUAAUGUGAUUUGAUCUAAAUAGUAACAGCAAAAAUCAAGAAAGAAAGUAAGUUAAAUUUGAUUGUUCCUAAAAUUAAGAUACAUUUUUAACAGGUACUUUUAACACAUUUGGAUUGGAAUCUAAAAAUAUUAUUUUAUUACAUUCAAUUGUUUGAGAAGUAAUGAAUUUUAAGAUUGACAAAAAUGUCAAUUUUUGUUUUAGUGAGCAUAAAUUACUUACAUUCUGUGUAACUUGAUAUAUAUGGACUAUAAUUAUAUAAAUAAAUAGUAAUUAUAUGUUCUUAUAAAUAGGACUAGGAAUAACACUAAGUUAAAUAAAACAUCUUGGAUAA